AUGGCUAGCACAGACAACUACCAGCGUCGAGCCGGCGCCCUCAGAGACGACAGCGAAGACCCUUCCACAAGCGACGAGGAUCAAUUUCUCUCGGAAGGUGAGGCCGCGAUCUACCUCGACGGAGACGACGACGAGGAGGACGACGAAUAUGAAGACACGCUCCUCCAAGACGCGCUAGAGGAGAUGGUGGCGCAAGCAGAGGCGCGAGACUCGUUCGGCAACCAGUUCGACGACUCGGAAGGCGAUUCGGAAUACGUUCCCUCCGACGACGACGGCUCCGUAUAUCAAGACCUCAUUCAGGACGCAGGCGGGCUCGAGAUCGAGAUGGCCGACGACGAUGACGAGGACGACGAGGGUGAAGACGACGCAGGACAAGACGAUGGCGAAUCCAUCACCAUCGACAUUCGCGAUCUUCUGCGCGCACAUCUCGCCGCAAGCAACGAAGACGACGAAGGCGGCGAUGCGGGGACGCUCAACACAAGAGCCGCCAUCUCUCGCGCGCUCAACAGCAUCGGCAUCAGCGGCCUGCAGCGUCUGCUCGCCGCAGCCACGGGCGGCGUGGUCAACGAAGACGACGAUGAGCUCGAGGACGAGGAUGACGAGGAUGAGGACAACUGGUACCACAUGGCACGCUCCAAGCCAAUGGCCGACUUCUGGGAGCCCAUCGAAGAGCCCAUGCGCUCAGGUCAGGAACUGUCGCUGAGCGGAGAAUUCGGUCGUCAGCCCAAGCGCCCGCUCGACUCUGCACCUUCUGCGUUUGAGGAGAGUCGCAACCUGUCGGAUCUGGUGCACCAGCGCAAAUAUGCGCGUCGGCGCAUGCUCAAGCAGGACAUGAGCGCGUUUGUGCCCAACACCAACGGCACCAUCGUUGCCACGUACCCGGCGCGCGUGUACUGCGGACAGUACUCGCAGGACUCGUCGUUCUUCUACACGUGCACGCAGGAUUUCCGCGUGCACAUGUACGACACCACCGUCGCCGGGCCACGCAGCGUACAGGUGCACGACGACGGCCCGCGGCGCGUGCGCAACAGCUGGUUCUUCAGCUCCAUGGGCACCACCCACUACACGUCGCUGCAGCAGACCAAGAGCAUCCAGGGCCGACAGGGCAACUGGACCAUCACCGACGCGCAUCUCAGCCCGGACAACCAGUGGAUGAUCUACUCGAGCAUCACGCCGUUCGUCCACCUCGUGCCCACCAAGCAGACGUUCGAGACCGGCGGCGGCACGCCCAGCGACAACCAGGUCAUGCUCGAUUUCUCCAAUACGGAUGAUGACACAGGGAUCUGGUCGAUUCGAUUUUCGGGCGACUCGCGCGAGAUCGUGGCGGGCGCGCACUUUGGCGACAUCUACGUGUACGACAUUGAAGCGCGGCGGCGUGUUCUGCGGGUCGAGGGCCACUCGGACGACGUGAACGCGGUAGCCUUUGCGGACGCAGCGUCGUCCAACGUGCUGAUCUCUGGUUCGGACGACUCGUUUGUCAAGGUAUGGGACCGACGCUCUCUGUCGGGCGGCAAACCGGCGGGCGUGUUGAUGGGCCACACUGAGGGCGUGACAUAUGUGUCGCCCAAGGGCGAUGGGCGGUACUGCAUUUCGAACGGCAAGGAUCAGUCGUGCAGGCUGUGGGAUCUGCGCAUGAUGCACAGUUCGGCCAAGUUUGAGCGCAUGACGCACCUCGACUACGGGCUGCGCAACUGGGACUAUCGCAACAUGUCGUAUCGGCAGCCGCGCUACCAGGCGCAUCCGCAGGACUGUUCCGUCAUGACGUACCGCGGCCAUGCGGUGCUCAAGACGCUCAUCCGAUGUCACUUCUCCCCCGCCGAGACGACGGGGCAAAAGUACAUCUACUCGGGCAGUGCGGAUGGCAAGAUCCACAUCUGGAAUUUGGACGGCACAAUUGCACAGGUGCUCGAUCGGUCGCAGGUGCGCCCGUUGUAUGCCGAAAAGGAUCCGGCCAACCAGGUGCAUGCCUACAAGGGACCCGGCACAGCCGAUGACGACGACGAGUCCGAAGACGAUGAUUUGGACGUCUUCCGUCCUCCAGGGAUUGCGUCGGAUCCGUCAGCUCCACCGGUACCGUGGUUCAGGCGCAAGCAUCCACGACGCCAUGGGGCUGCAUCCAUCGAAGCCUCCAGCGGUGGAAGAGCGAGCAGGGUCGCAGGUCGAGGUCACAGAGGCACGGGUGGCGGCGCGGCAUGCACCGUACGAGACGUAAGCUGGCAUCCGCAGGAACCGAGUCUCAUGAGCACCGCCUGGGACGGCGCCGAAGGCGAGUCCGGCAGCAUCGCCAAACACGAACUCGCCGACUGGUCCAAACGCCACAUGACCCUCGACGACAUUCGCGAACAGAACCACCUCGAGGCCCUGGGUUAG